CUCUCUCUGUCUCUCUCUCUCACAUUCUCUAAAAGCGCUCAACGGUCUCCUGUGAGCCACAAAACCAAAGCUUUCGCGGAGAAAUCUGAGGGAAUCGAGUCUGAGGAGUUCAAAAUUGUGAAAUUGAUCUCGCUCAAGAAUGCAUCAAAGAGGAAAAAGAAACAACCGUAGGUCAAGAAGCUUCUCUAGAUCCAGACUCGCCGUUGAAGGCCAUUGAAACCUAUCGUCUUCUUCCUUCCUUUAUUAACCCCUUUUUUUUUUACGAACCUCUCCUAAGUAAUGGCGACACCUUACAAGGAAGAGAGACAUAUCCAAAAAAGCUACUGGAUGGAGCAUUCAAGUGAUUUGACUGUUGAAGCUAUGAUGCUUGAUUCCAAAGCUACUGAUCUCGACAAAGAAGAGCGUCCUGAGGUACUCUCUUUAAUCCCACCAUAUGAAGGCAAAACUGUGCUGGAACUUGGAGCUGGUAUUGGCCGUUUCACUGGUGAAUUGGCUCAGAAGGCUGGUGAAGUUAUUGCCCUUGACUUCAUCGAAAGCGCCAUUCAGAAGAAUGAAAGUGUUAAUGGGCAUUACAAGAACGUUAAGUUUAUGUGUGCUGAUGUAACAUCUCCAGACCUGAAAAUCGCAGAUGGAUCUGUCGACUUGAUUUUCUCAAAUUGGUUGCUCAUGUAUCUCUCUGACAAAGAGGUUGAACUAAUGGCAGAGAGAAUGCUUGGAUGGGUAAAGCCAGGGGGAUACAUUUUCUUCAGAGAAUCUUGCUUCCAUCAAUCUGGGGACAGCAAGCGUAAAUCAAACCCCACCCACUACCGUGAACCAAGAUUCUAUACUAAGGUUUUCAAAGAAUGUCAGACACGUGAUGCUUCAGGCAAAGCAUUUGAGCUCUCUAUGGUUGGCUGCAAAUGCAUUGGGGCUUAUGUGAAGAACAAGAAGAAUCAGAAUCAGAUUUGCUGGAUAUGGCAAAAAGUUAGCUUGGAGAAUGACAAGGACUUCCAACGUUUCUUGGACAAUGUUCAAUACAAGUCUAGUGGGAUCUUGCGCUAUGAGCGUGUCUUUGGGGAAGGAUAUGUGAGCACUGGUGGAUUUGAGACAACUAAAGAAUUUGUGGCAAUGAUGGACCUUAAACCUGGACAGAAAGUUCUAGAUGUUGGUUGUGGUAUCGGUGGAGGUGACUUCUAUAUGGCUGAGAAUUUCGAUGUUCAUGUUGUUGGAAUUGAUCUAUCGGUCAACAUGAUCUCUUUCGCACUGGAGCGUGCCAUUGGACUCAAUUGCUCAGUCGAGUUUGAAGUCGCGGACUGCACCACAAAAACAUAUCCUGAUAAUUCUUUCGAUGUCAUUUACAGCCGCGACACUAUUCUGCACAUCCAAGACAAGCCAGCUCUAUUCAGGACAUUCUUCAAGUGGCUUAAACCAGGCGGUAAAGUUCUCAUCACCGACUAUUGCAGAAGUGCAGAAACUCCGUCUCCUGAAUUCGCAGAGUACAUCAAACAAAGAGGAUAUGAUCUCCAUGAUGUUCAAGCUUACGGAAAGAUGCUGAAAGAUGCAGGCUUUGAGGAUGUGAUUGCCGAGGACCGUACUGACCAGUUUGUAGAAGUCCUCAGGCGUGAAUUAGAAAAAGUGGAGAAAGAAAAGGAAGAAUUCAUAAACGACUUCUCAGAAGAGGAUUACAAUGACAUUGUUGGAGGAUGGUCAGCAAAGCUUGAAAGGACUGCAUCUGGUGAACAAAAAUGGGGAUUAUUCAUAGCGAACAAGAAGUAACAUCCAUGUUAUUACCCCCAACUCUAUUAUCUAUCCUUUGGUGAUCCAUGUUUCAAUAAAAGUUGUUCCUUGAAGAACAAUAUUUGCUUGGUAUGUGUUGUUCGAUAUCUACUCCAGUCUUUGUGUCAAGAAUGACAACCUAAUUGGUAUAAAAGAAUUUCAUGCUGUCCAACUCCUA